AUGCAAUCUCUUACGCGGUCCUUCACGCGCUCUCUCACGCGCUCUCUCACGCACUCUCUCACGCACUCUCUCACGCGCACUCGCUCUCUCACACGCUCCCUCAUGCGCUCUCUCACGCACUCUCUCACGCGCUCCCUCACGCGCUCUCUCACGCGCACUCUCACGCGCUCUCUCACAUGCUCGCGCUCUCUCAGUCGCACUCUCACGCGCACUCUCACGCACACUCUCACGCGCACUUUCACACGCACUCUCACGCGCUCUCACACGCUCCCUCACGCGCUCUCUCACGCACUCUCUCACGCUCUAUCUCACACACUCUCUCACGCGCUCUCUCACGUGCUCCCUCACGCACUCUCUCACGCGCUCUCGCAUGCGCACUCUCACGCGCUCUCUCACAUGCUCUCUCACGCAAUCUCUCAUGCGCUCUCUCACGGGCUCUCACGCAUUCCGUCGCACUCCCUCUCGCACACUCUCUUGCGCAUUCUCUCUCUCACGCGCUCUCUCAUGCACACUCUCUCGCACACUCUCACGCGCUCCCUCACGUGCUCUUUGAUGCAAUCUCUUACGCGGUCCUUCACGCGCUCUCUCACGCGCUCUCUCACGCACUCUCUUGUGCACUCUCUCACGCGCUCUCUGACACGUGCUCUCUCACGCGCUCUCUCACUCGCUCUCUCACGCGCUCUCUCACGCGCACUCUCACGCGCACUCGCUCUCUCACACGCUCCCUCACGCGCUCUCUCACGCACUCUCUCACGCGCUCCCUCACGCGCUCUCUCACGCACUCUCUCACGCUCUAUCUCACACACUCUCUCACGCGCUCUCUCACGUGCUCCCUCACGCACUCUCUCACGCGCUCUCGCAUGCGCACUCUCACGCGCUCUCUCACAUGCUCUCUCACGCAAUCUCUCAUGCGCUCUCUCACGGGCUCUCACGCAUUCCGUCGCACUCCCUCUCGCACACUCUCUUGCGCAUUCUCUCUCUCACGCCCUCUCUCAUGCACACUCUCUCGCACACUCUCACGCGCUCUCUCACGUGCUCUUUGAUGCAAUCUCUUACGCGGUCCUUCACGCGCUCUCUCACGCACUCUCUUGCGCACUCUCUCACGCGCUCUCUGACACGUGCUCUCUCACGCGCUCUCUCACGCGCUCUCUCACGCGCUCUCUCACGCGCACUCUCACGCGCACUCGCUCUCUCACACGCUCCCUCACGCGCUCUCUCACGCACUCUCUCACGCGCUCCCUCACGCGCUCUCUCACGCGCACUCUCACGCGCUCUCUCAUGCGCUCGCGCUCUCUCAUGCACUCUCGCACUCUCACGCGCACUCUCACGCACACUCUCACGAGCACUUUCACACGCACUCUCACGCGCUCUCACACGCUCCCUCACGUGCUCUCUCACGCACUCUCUCACGCUCUAUCUCACACACUCUCUCACGCGCUCACUCACAUGCUCUCUCACGCAAUCUCUCAUGCGCUCUCUCACGGGCUCUCACGCAUUCCGUCGCACUCCCUCUCGCGCACUCUCUUGCGCAUUCUCUCUCUCACGCCCUCUCUCAUGCACACUCUCUCGCACACUCUCACGCGCUCUCUCACGCGCUCUUUGAUGCAAUCUCUCACGCGGUCCUUCACGUACUCUCUCACGCACUCUCUCACGCGCUCUCUCACGCGCUCUCUCACGGGCUCUCAUGCACUCCCUCACAUGCUCUCUCUCGCGCACUCUCUUGCGCAUUCCCUCUGUCACGCGCUCUUUCUUGCGCACUCCCACGCGCUCUCUCACGCGCACUCCCACGCGCUCUCUUAUGCGCUCUCUGACGCACUCCCUCACACGCUCUCUCACGCGCUCUCUCACGCGCUCUCUCACGCGCACUCUCACGCGCACUCUCACGCGCACUCGCACUCUCACGCGCUCCCUCACUCGCUCUCUCACGCGCUCCCUCACGCGCUCUCUCACGCGCUCCCUCACGCGCUCUCUCACGCGCACUCUCACGCGCUCUCUCACUCGCACUCUCACGCGCACUCUCACGCGCACUCUCACACGCACUCUCACGCGCUCUCACACGCUCCCUCACGCGCUCUCUCACGCACUCUCUCACUUGCGCCCUCACGCGCUCUCUCACGCACUCUCUCACGCGCUCUCGCACGCGCUCUUGCAUGCGCACUCUCACGCGCUCCCGUGCACACGUUCCCCCUCGCGCUCCUCUUCUUUAAAUAG